AUGGCUCCGCAGAAGCGGCCGGCUGCCAGGGAGCGCUCCGCACCCGCGGGGAAGAAGCCCGCGAGCCGGCUGAGGAGGCCUGCGUCUUCCAGCUUGGAUUACACCGGUGAUACGGAUGAGGCCGGGAACCCACACGGCCGCGGCAUUCUGAAAAUGAAGGGCGCCGUCUACGAAGGGGAGUUCGAGCAUGGCCUACAGAGUGGCCAGGGCCUCCUGCGUUUUGCAGACGGCAGCACUUGCAAAGGCGGGUUCGCUGCCGGACAGCCGCACGGACGCUGCGAGUAUUACGAUCCAGACGACCGGACCACAAUGGUCGGUUCCUACGUGGCGGGGCAGCUGCAUGGGCGCGCCGUGCAGUUGGAUGAAGCUGGCCUCCUCGUCUUCCGAGGGGCCUUUGAGAAGGACGUUCGCGCCGGCAUGGCGCAGGUCUUUGAUGACUUCGGAGGUUGCGUCGUCGGCGCCGUGGAUGCUGAAGGUGAGCACAGUGGUGAUGACAUCCUGUACGUGUUUCCAGAUGGGCUGACCGCGCUGGUCGGCAGCUUCAAUGAUGGAGUCUUCGUCCGCGGCCGCUAUGCGCGGCUGCAGGCGCCUUUGGUCCGCCCUGCGCGCGAGUCGGACUUGGAGGAUCUGCUUUCCGCGGAUGUAGACUUUCCUGCAUUCGCUUUGGUGAAGGAAAUCCGGGACUUUGUGCACCGUGGUGUUUCGACACGGGAGACGCUCUGUGCUCAGCCUUUGAUCCCCGACCUUUUUGAGCUGGAGCGCGUGACGGUGUCGCAGAGCGGUCUGAAGGAGGACAUGGAGGGCCUUUUCGCGAAGCGGCCUUUGCGUGCGGGCGAGCUGUGUAGCUGGUACAACGGCCUGCGCUGCAGCCACGAGGCCCGCGAAGUUUGCAUCAACGGAUGUUUUCCGGGCCUGCUUGGGCCACAAGGCCAAUCACCGGAAGCCCAACAACGCCAAGUACGACGUCUUCGACCACCCCCGGUUUGGUCUCAUCAAGGCCAUACGCGCUGUGAGAGACAUCGCUGA